UGAGGCUAUUGACUACAUCAAAGGUUAUCCAUUUGAAAACACCAUUUUCCUCUGAACAGCGGCUAAUUGCUUCCUGAACAAUCCCAGGGUCUUUUGUAUAUACUCAGUGGGUAAAAUGAGUGACUCGAUGUCUUCUCUCAAGACACUGGUGACCGAACAGGGCGGAAAGGUGGAGAAGCCAAGGAAAAGCAGUGGGGCAGAUGCCUCUGGGAGGAUGCAUGGAUAAUUUCUUAAGUGGCUGCAAGGAGGGAAGGUUUUUUUUCCUUCUUCCCGCUCGCCGCCGAGUGAUCUGCUGGUGCCAGUGGAUGCCGGUGCCGGCAGCGGCGUGGCGACACGGGGCUAUAAGGAAGGCUGGGUUGACUGAACUGGCCGUGCCCACGAUGCCCUGAAUGCUGAGCGCAGCGGAAGCAGAGGAGAGUGUUUCCCAUUAGCUCCUCCUCCCUCCCCCAUCCCUUUAGUUUGGGUUUGUUUCUAUUUAUUUUGUGGCUGGGUUUGGGCAUGGCCUUGACUGGAUGUGAGGCUGCUGCAAUGUGGCUCCUUUGGCUCAAGCACCACUUGUCCAUCCACAUUUGGACCUUGCUGCUCUUGGGGAGCACCUGGCUACCGCUGGCGGAAGGCAGCCCCAAAUCUCCCUUAAGGACUUUCCCGGUUACAGACUGGAGCUUGACACACUUGGUGGUUCAUAACAAAACCGGGGAGGUCUAUGUGGGGGCUGUCAAUCGGAUCUACAAGCUCUCCAAUAACCUCACGCUCCUGCGGACCCACGUGACGGGGCCCGUGGAGGACAAUGAGAAGUGUUACCCUCCGCCCAGUGUCCAGUCCUGCCCGCACGGGCUGGUCACCACCAACAACGUGAACAAACUGCUGCUGGUGGACUACUCGGGGAAUCGGCUGAUUGCCUGCGGCAGUGCCUCCCAGGGGAUUUGCCAGUUCCUGCGGCUGGACGACCUCUUCAAGUUGGGUGAGCCCCACCACCGCAAGGAGCACUACCUCUCCAGUGUCAACGAGUCGGGCACCAUGUCUGGUGUCAUCAUCGAGGUGCUGAACGGGCAGAACAAGCUCUUCAUUGGGACGCCCAUCGAUGGGAAGUCUGAGUACUUCCCCACUCUCUCCAGCCGCAAGCUGAUGGCCAACGAGGAGAACGCGGAGAUGUUUGGCUUUGUCUACCAGGAUGAGUUUGUCUCCUCACAGCUCAAAAUCCCCUCAGAUACACUCUCCAAGUUCCCCACCUUUGACAUCUAUUACAUCUACAGCUUCAGCAGCGAGCAGUUUGUUUACUACCUGACCCUGCAGCUGGACACCCAGCUGACCUCUCCCGACUCCACGGGGGAGCAGUUCUUCACCUCCAAGAUCGUCCGCCUCUGUGUGGAUGACCCCAAGUUCUACUCCUAUGUGGAAUUCCCCAUUGGCUGCGUGCAGGACGGCAUCGAGUACCGCCUGAUCCAGGACGCCUACCUGACCAAACCUGGCAAGGCUUUGGCCAAGUACCUGGGCAUCUCAGAGCAGGAGGAUAUCCUCUUCACCAUCUUCUCCCAGGGCCAGAAAAAUAGGGUUAAGCCUCCCAAGGAGUCUGUGCUCUGCCUCUUCACGUUGAAGAAGAUCAAGGAUAAGAUCAAGGAGCGUAUCCAGUCAUGCUACAGAGGGGAAGGGAAACUCUCACUGCCCUGGCUCUUGAAUAAGGAGCUGGGCUGCAUCAACUCGCCGCUGCAGAUCGACGACAAUUUCUGUGGCCAGGAUUUUAACCAGCCUCUGGGCGGGACUGUCACCAUCGAGGGGACCCCGCUGUUUGUGGAUAAGGAGGACGGGAUGACCUCGGUGGCUGCCUACGACUACAGAGGACAAACUGUCGUCUUUGCAGGCACGCGCAGCGGGAAGAUCAAAAAGAUCCUUGUGGAUUUGCCAGCUGAGAGGAAGCACCAAGCUCUGCAGUAUGAGAAUGUUGUGGCCCACGAAGGCAGCUCCAUCCUGCGAGACCUGGUCCUGAGCCCUGACCGUCAGCACAUCUAUGCCAUGACUGAGAAACAGGUGACGCGCGUGCCGGUGGAGAGCUGUGAGCAGUACGAGAGCUGUGAGCUGUGCCUGGGCUCCCGGGACCCCCACUGUGGCUGGUGUGUCCUCCACAACAUCUGCUCCCGCAAGGACCGGUGCGAGCGCGCGGACGAGCCCCAGCGCUUCGCCUCCGACCUGCAGCAGUGCGUGCAGCUCACCGUGCAGCCCAAGAACAUCUCGGUCACCAUGUCCGAGGUCCCGCUGGUCCUGCAGGCCUGGAAUGUCCCAGACCUCUCGGCAGGAGUCAACUGCUCCUUUGAAGACUUCACCGAGUCAGAGAGCCGCAUUGAGGAUGGGAAGAUCUACUGCAGCUCUCCCUCUGCCAAGGAUGUCAUCCCCAUCACCAGGGGCCGCGGGGACAAGCGAGUGGUGAAGCUGUACCUGAAAUCCAAGGAGACGGGGAAGAAAUUUGCCUCAGUGGAUUUUGUUUUUUACAACUGCAGUGUCCAUCAGUCCUGCCUGUCCUGUGUGAACGGCUCCUUCCCCUGCCACUGGUGCAAGUACCGCCACAUCUGCACCCACAACGCUGCUGACUGCUCUUUCCUGGAGGGAAGGGUCAAGCUCUCUGAGGACUGCCCCCAGAUCCUGCCUUCCACCCAGAUCUACAUCCCCGUGGGUGUGGUGAAACCCAUCACCCUGACAGCCAAGAACCUGCCCCAGCCGCAGUCAGGCCAGCGCAACUACGAGUGCAUCUUCCACAUCCCCGGCAGCACCACGCGCGUCACGGCCCUGCGCUUCAACAGCACCAGCAUCCAGUGCCAGAACACCUCGUAUUUCUACGAAGGGAAUGACAUCAGUGACCUGCCCGUCAACUUGUCUGUGGUGUGGAAUGGGAACUUUGUCAUUGACAACCCCCAGAACAUCCAAGCCCACCUGUACAAGUGCUCUGCGCUGCGGGAGAGCUGCGGGCUGUGCCUCAAGGCCGACCCGCGCUUCGAGUGCGGCUGGUGCGUGAUGGAGCGGCGCUGCUCGCUGCGCCAGCACUGCCUGGCCUACGACAGCAGCUGGAUGCACGCCAGCAGCGGCAACAGCCGCUGCACCGACCCCAAGAUCACCAAGUUGUUCCCUGAGACUGGCCCCAGACAAGGAGGGACCCGUCUGACCAUCACUGGCGAGAACCUGGGCCUGAAGUUUGAAGAUGUUCGCUGGGGUGUCAAAGUGGGCAAAGUGGCGUGCAUCCCCAUCGAGAGCGAGUACAUCAGUGCUGAGCAGAUUGUGUGUGAAAUCGGAGAUGCCAGCCUGAGCAAGCAUGAGGCACGGGUAGAAGUGUGCAUCCGUGACUGCACGCCCAACUACCGGGCCAUAUCCCCCAAGACCUUCACCUUUGUGACGCCCACUUUCUCCCGUGUUGUCCCAGCCCGGGGUCCUCUCUCUGGUGGCACCUGGAUCGCCAUCGAAGGCACCUACCUCAACGCUGGCAGCAACGUGUCCGUGACCAUCGGGGGACGGCCCUGUGCCUUUUCAUGGAGAAGCGCCCGUGAGAUUCGGUGCAGGACUCCCCCAGGGCACACCCCCGGCGGCUCCCCCAUCCUCAUCAACAUCAACCGGGCAGAGCUGAGCAACCCAGAGGUGAAGUACAACUACACAGAGGACCCCACCAUCCAGAAGAUUGAUCCUGAAUGGAGCAUCAACAGUGGUGGGACACUGCUGACUGUGACUGGCACCAACCUGGCCACCAUCAAAGAGCCCAGGAUCCGGGCCAAGUACUGCAGCUCUGAAAGGGAGAAUAACUGCACUGUCUACAAUGACACCACCAUGGUGUGCUACGCUCCCUCCAUCGACAACCCUGUGCGGAGCCCUCCGGAGCUUGGCGACCGCCCGGACGAGAUUGGCUUUGUCAUGGAUAACGUGCAGGCGCUGCUGAUCAUCAACACCACCAAUUUUGUCUACUACCCAGACCCUGUCUUUGAGCCACUCAGCCCCACAGGGAUGCUGGAGCUGAAGCCCAGCUCCCCCCUCAUCCUCAAGGGCAGGAACCUGCUCCCGCCAGCUGCUGGUAACUCCCGCCUCAACUACACGGUGCUGAUCGGAGACACUCCCUGCACCCUCACAGUCUCUGAGACACAGCUCCUCUGCGAGUCCCCCAACCUCACUGGCCAACACAAAGUCACAAUCAAGGCUGGAGGGUUCGAGUUCUCGCCGGGGACGCUGCAGAUCUACUCAGACAGCCUGCUCACCCUGCCCGCCAUCAUCGGCAUCGGCGGCGGCGGCGGCCUGCUCCUCCUCAUCAUCAUCAUCGUCCUCAUCGCCUACAAGCGCAAGUCCCGGGAUGCCGACCGCACCCUGAAGCGUCUCCAGCUGCAGAUGGACAACCUGGAGUCCCGGGUGGCCCUGGAGUGCAAAGAGGCCUUUGCUGAGCUGCAGACAGACAUCAACGAGCUGACCAACGACCUGGAUGGGGCUGGCAUCCCCUUUCUGGAUUACCGCACCUACGCCAUGCGGGUUCUCUUCCCCGGCAUAGAAGACCACCCUGUGCUGAAAGAGAUGGAGGUCCAGGCUAAUGUGGAGAAGUCCUUGACCCUCUUUGGUCAGCUCCUGAACAAGAAGCACUUCUUGCUGACCUUCAUCCGUACUCUGGAAGCCCAGCGGAGCUUCUCCAUGCGGGACCGCGGCAACGUGGCCUCGCUCAUCAUGACAGCGCUGCAGGGCGAGAUGGAGUAUGCCACAGGGGUGCUGAAACAGCUCCUGUCCGACCUUAUCGAGAAGAACUUGGAGAGCAAGAACCACCCCAAGCUGCUUUUGCGGAGAACGGAGUCAGUGGCGGAGAAGAUGCUGACGAAUUGGUUCACGUUUCUGCUGUACAAGUUUCUGAAGGAGUGUGCUGGGGAACCACUCUUCAUGCUCUACUGUGCCAUCAAGCAGCAGAUGGAGAAGGGACCCAUUGAUGCCAUCACAGGAGAGGCUCGCUACUCCCUCAGCGAGGACAAGCUCAUCCGGCAGCAGAUCGACUACAAAAUGCUGACCCUCAACUGUGUGAACCCUGAGAAUGAGAAUGCCCCAGAGAUCCCUGUCAAGGUGCUGAACUGCGACACCAUCACGCAGGUGAAGGAGAAGCUGCUGGAUGCUGUCUACAAGGGUGUGCCCUAUUCCCAGAGACCCAAAGCUGGAGACAUGGACCUGGAGUGGCGGCAGGGCAGGAUGGCCCGCAUCAUACUGCAGGAUGAGGAUGUCACCACAAAGAUUGACAAUGACUGGAAGAGGCUGAACACCCUGGCCCACUACCAGGUGACAGAUGGCUCCUCAGUAGCCCUGGUGCCCAAGCAGAACUCAGCAUACAACAUCUCCAAUUCCUCCACCUUCACCAAGUCCCUCAGCAGAUAUGAGAGCAUGCUGAGGACAGCCAGCAGCCCCGACAGCCUGCGCUCACGGACCCCCAUGAUCACCCCUGACCUGGAGAGCGGCACAAAGCUCUGGCACCUGGUGAAAAACCACGACCACAUGGACCAGCGGGAGGGCGACCGGGGCAGCAAGAUGGUCUCUGAGAUCUACCUGACCCGUCUGCUAGCCACCAAGGGUACCCUGCAGAAAUUUGUGGAUGACCUGUUUGAGACCAUCUUUAGCACAGCUCACCGUGGGAGUGCACUGCCCCUCGCCAUCAAAUACAUGUUUGAUUUCCUGGAUGAACAAGCUGAUAAGCAUCAGAUCAAUGAUUAUGAUGUCAGGCACACCUGGAAGAGUAACUGUCUACCUCUACGUUUUUGGGUGAAUGUGAUUAAGAACCCCCAGUUUGUGUUCGACAUUCACAAGAACAGUAUUACUGAUGCCUGCCUAUCCGUGGUGGCUCAGACAUUCAUGGACUCCUGCUCAACUUCUGAGCACAAGCUAGGAAAGGACUCUCCCUCCAACAAACUACUGUAUGCCAAGGACAUCCCCAACUACAAGAGCUGGGUAGAAAGAUAUUAUGCAGAUAUAGCUAAAAUGCCAGCGAUCAGUGACCAGGACAUGAGCGCAUACCUGGCGGAGCAGUCGCGGUUACACCUCAGCCAGUUCAACAGCAUGAGUGCCCUGCACGAGAUCUACUCCUACAUCACCAAGUACAAGGAUGAGAUUUUAGCUGCGUUGGAGAAGGACGAGCAGGCGCGGAGGCAGCGGCUGCGGAGCAAGCUGGAGCAGGCGAUCGACACAAUGGCCUUAAGCAGCUGAGAAGGCGGCGGCGGCGCCAGCGUCCGGCAGGGGACGGACGGACGGACGGACGGACAGAGGGAGGGAUGGAUGAUGGAUAGAUGGAUGAUGGAUGGAUGGAGGAAGGAGCGGCCAGCGGCAGCCGCGGGCACAAGACUUUGGGGCUGGGAGCGGCCGGGCCCGCGGGAGCCGCCGCAGCUCCCCACGGACACACACGGAAACCUCGCGCUUUAGCGAAUAAAACACAAAUCCCGGCGACAGCAGCAGCGCCGACAGAACUCCCUGACCCACAGACAAACCCCCCAGUCCCAGCGGGAUGCAGCAGGGACCUUGCAGAGAGGCCGGGCAGAGGAGCAGGGGCCGCCCGCCCCAUGGACCUGCUGGGCACUCCCGGAGCCCAGGGCAGGGUCGGGACCGCGGGGCUUUCUCGGAAGGCGUUUGGAUGUUGUUGUUACUUCGGUGAAGGGAGGGGGGUGGGCUCCUAUUUUUACUGUACUUGACUUGCUCUCCCUUCCUUCCCCCCAGCUGUCCACCCCCUCUCCUCCUCCUCCUCUCUCCUUUUCUGUCUCUCCCCCCUUCUCUCUCUCUUUCUCUCUCUCUCUCUCUGGCCUUCUGCCACUAGUGUUAACUGCUAUAUUUGCACAAUUUACACGAGACAAACAAAAUUUUUAAUUUAAAGGAAAAAAAAUUAUAACAAAAAAUGGGAGGGAAAAAAAAAAUCCUGAAUUUUUUGCAAUGAACUAACAAAAACGAUUUUAAGAGAUAAGCUAAAGGACUGAUGCUGGGGAGAUAUGGGGUUGGGGCUUUAGGGGUGGGCAGGAAAGGGAGAAAUCCCUGAGCUUUGAUAUUUCUAAAAUACGUCCUGUGCCAUGUUUUAUUUGAAUGUUGUUUAGUGCGAAAAAAAAAAAUUGAAGAAAAAAAAAGUUGGGAGUUUUGUUAGCUGGAUAGAUGCUGUUAUUUUAAUGCUGCUGAGUGGUUCUGGAGGUCAAAAUCAGAGAGGAAGGGAGAUCCCAAGGCUGGUUUUAUUUUUCCUGGGUGAUUGCUGAGGGAUGGUCGGUGUUUUGUUGAGCUUGUCCUUGUUUUCCCGGUUUGGUGGCCGUGGGGUGGUCUGGGCAGUGCUGCUUGCUCCUGCUGGUCCUGGGAUGAUGUGGGGUGGAGGAUGCUUGUGGGGCCUUAUGGAGAGCCAACCUGGCUUUUUGUGGCAGGUUCUAUGGCACUGGAGCUGCCUUAACAAAGCUCCUUUAUGUUUAUUUUUCCCCAUCACCUUUUUGUGUGAUGCAGGGGAAGAGACCAGAUCCCCAGGGAAAGGGAAGGCAGCUCCUCUGCGCUCCUGACUGGGAUCCUGGCUGCCAGGGGGUGUCACCUGCUCUUCCACCUGGGGAGCCCAAACGUGUGCAGGACCUUCCACCCAAGACUGACCUUUCUUUCUCUGUCUUUUCCUUCUUUCUCCCCCUUUCUCUCCUUGCUGUCACCCUGUCUCCCCUCCACUGCCUCUGCCCUGACAGGGCUUCACUGGAGACCUAAGGUCUCUCCCUCAGCUUCCCCCUUGGAAAUGUCAGUUCCUUGUGGGUUUGUGCUUUCCAGAGAUGAAAAGGUGCUGAAUGCUGCUCUGAAUGGCAGCAGGUGACCAAAAACUUCCAAAAAAAGAGAGCAAAACCCUUUCCUUUUCUGUACUCAGAGCUCCUGUCACUGCCCAGGCCAUGGCACACGGGGCCACACUCUGCCAGGAGCGGAUGGCUGUCGAAAUCCAAGUGGAGAGAAGCCCAGCUGAUUUCUGUCCAUUCCCUUAAAUUGCAAGUUAAGGGGGGGAGAGGGAGAAAUAAUGAAGUUUUUAAUUAAAAAAAAAUAAUAAAAGUGUGUAUAUAUAUAUAUGUGGUUACAAUCUAAUUCUCGUGCCCCAGUGGGGUGCUGUAUAGUUAACUGAAGGAGAAUUGAACCGAUAUAAAAAUGAGAUGAAUUUACGCAGCCAGUUAAAACAAAACAAACAACCACUGCAAAAAAAACAAAUAAAAAGGAUACCAAAUGGUCUGGAAGGAACUUCCAAGCCUUGCUCACCAUGCAGAACAAUCGUUUGAAGCCUGCACAUCUCUCAUUAUGUUGUAAUUUUGUUUGGUUUUGUUUUGUUUUAAUAAGGAGGGAAAGGAGAGAAGAUGCUGAUUAAAAAAAAAAAGGAAAAAAAGAUGACAAAGAAUCCAACCACAACAGCAAAACUAUGUUUGAAAAAGAAUUUAUAAUUGUUUCCCAAACCUACGAACCCUGAGCUGUCGCUGGAUUUCUGAGAGCUGUGGGCUGUUGCAUGACUGUGCUAGAUUUUAGUCUGAGUUGAUCUUUUUAAGAAACAGAAGAAAAAAACCCAUAAAACAAAGAAACUGCGAGUAUUGAAUAUUAGAGGUUUGUUUAGACCUGUUACCUAUUUUUUUUAAUUUGAAAUUAAUUUGCCACUUUCUCGUCCAAAAGAAAAAAAAAGAAAAAGAAACAGCAAAAAGAAAGACUUUAGAGGUUCACAUCUCAAAUGUGGUACUUGGAGAGCCUUAAAGGACAGCUGUGUGCCCUGUGCUGGGGCCACUGCUGGCUGCCAGCAUCUCCCUGGGCGCUCUGGUGGGACAGAACCCUCCAAGGGUCCCUUUGUAGAAUUCACUGCUGCUGUGAUGGGCUGGAGGGGUGCCUGCAGCUCCCUUUGGUACAAAACUUCUUCCUUGUGGCAUUGCUGGCUGCGUGGUGCUGGUGGAGGUCCUGGAAAUCGCCUGGAGGAUGGCAGCAAUGCAUCGGUGGUCACUGCAGUGUGAUGGAAGGGGAGCGAUGGCUUUGAGGUCUCUGUCCAGGACUGCUGUGGGUUCUGCCUCUUGCAGUGGUAAGAGUGUCUUGGGGAGCUCUGGUUGCUGUUGAGGGAGCCAAGCACAUGGGUUUAGUGGUGGUUGAGAGGGGAUGGAGAUGUGUUUCUAAGAACAUCUCCCUGAAAAUUUCCCUUUUGACAAAGAGGGCUGGAAGCACCAUUAAUUGCUGAGGUCUAUUAGGCUGUUGCUGUCCCAGCAGCAACGCUGUGGGUGCUCCCUCAGCCAGGCUGGAGGGACAGAUGAGUUUUUUGGCCAUGGUGGGUGUAAGAUGGGUUUGGGCAGCAGAGAGGCUCCUGGGGAGGUCAUGCUGAGCAGGCUGGCAGUGCCAUGGUGUGGCUCUGCUUUCUGGGCUCGCCGUGUGCUGUGACCUGGCUCUUCCAGACCCCUGGUGAUGCUGCCUGCCCACAGUGUGAUCCUACAGAUUGGCUUCCUCCUGCAGAGCUUUGGGGUGUCUGCAGUUUGCUCCUCCAAAGGAUGCCCCAGCAGUUCCCCACUGCUCAGGCAUCCCCUUGCUGCUUCUAGAGGGGAGGGUGGUGGUCGGUGAGGUGGGCACUGCAGUGCUGCCUGCAGCCUCUGGCGCUUCUUGGUGCUACCUUUGCCUUCGCACGAUGCCCAGCGACCUUAAUUGUGCCAGGCAGCUGCCCACCCCUCCUUGACCGGCCUGGUGGGCUCAGAACUGGCCCUGUCAGACCCUGCCUCAGAAGGGGGAAAGGUGUGGAGAAGCUGGGAAGCAUCCACCAGACUCCUCUUACUGCUGGUGUAGCCCAUGCCCCAGAAUGGGAUGAGGUGGAGGAGCAUCCCUUGUUGUGAGCCUGCAUUUCUGGGCACUCCUGCUCUGCCCCCCACCAGAGGCAGCUGGACUGUGCAGGUUGAUCCCCCAGCACUGCAAACAAGGGGGUCCCUCCCUGCUCUCAUUGCCUUUCGCUUCUGUUUGGGGUUAAAAAAUGUGCAGUCCAGCCUGGAAGUGUCCCCUAGCAGGAGCCUGUGUCACAGCCUGGGGACAGGGAGCAGGGGGAGAGGUGUGGGGACCCCCAGGCUCACCCACUCCCGACCAAAGCGCACAACAAGCUGUCCUUUAAGGAGCAGGGGGAAACCUGAGGCGGACCCGGCGAGAGGCAGAGAACUCUAAAAGUUUUAGAAAAUAGGGGGAAAAAAAUGGCACUCCGGAGUCCUGAUUCCCUUUCUGUGAUUGUUUCAGACUUGAAGCAACAGGCCAGCACGGCUGGUCAAGCGCCCUUUGAUCGUGUAAAUAUCCUGCUAUUUCCUAUUUUAAUGUUCUUCAGAUUUAGUACUUGUAAAUAAACACAUGCAUCAAGGAGAGAUUAAACAUUUUUGCUAAA